GAUAUAUGGCGAUCCCCCUCGCUCAUCCCCCUUCUUCUACCGCCGCGCGAGACUGAGCCUCGGCUAGGCCCCAAAUGGCGAACCAGCUUCUGUCCACCGUCGCGCACCGCGAUACCCUUCCGGAGGGUUACACGCGGCCCGAGAACGACCGGCCGCAGCUCGCCGAUGUUGUGACUGACAGCAACAUCCCCCUCAUCGACCUCGCCUCGCCGGACAAGCAUCGCGUCAUCGCUGAGAUCGACCAGGCUUGCCGCACCUACGGCUUCUUCCAGAUCAUAAACCAUGGGAUAUCAGAGGAGCUGCUGGAGAAGGUGAUGGCUGUGGGGCUUGAGUUUUUCCGGCUCCCGCCGGAAGAGAAGGCCAAGCUCUAUUCUGAUGAGCCAUCCAAAAAGAUAAGGCUUUCUACAAGCUUCAACGUCCGCAAGGAGACAGUGCACAACUGGCGGGACUAUCUGCGCCUUCAUUGCCACCCGUUGGAGGUGUUCGUGCCCGACUGGCCAUCCAAUCCUGAAACGUUCAAGGAGAUCAUCAGCACCUACUGCCGCGAAGUCCGGCUGCUCGGCCUCCGACUCCUGGGCGCGAUCUCCCUGGGCCUGGGCCUCGAGGAGGACUACAUCGAGAAUGUGCUGGGCGAGCAGGAGCAGCACAUGGCCGUCAACUACUACCCGCGGUGCCCCGAGCCGGACCUCACCUACGGCCUGCCCAAGCACACGGACCCCAACGCCCUCACCAUUCUCCUCAUGGACCCCCACGUCUCCGGCCUGCAGGUGCUCAAGGACGGCGCCCAGUGGAUCGCCGUCGACCCCCGGCCCAACGCCCUCGUCGUCAACCUAGGCGACCAGUUACAGGCAGUGAGCAACGGCGCGUACAAGAGCGUCUGGCACCGCGCGGUGGUCAAUGCGGCGCGGGAGCGCCUGUCGGUGGCAUCUUUCCUGUGCCCGUGCAACAGCGCGGUGAUCGGCCCGGCGGACAAGCUCGUCGGCGACGGGGACGAGCCCGUGUACCGCAGCUACACCUACGACGAGUACUACAAGAAGUUCUGGAGCAGGAACCUGGACCAGGACCACUGCCUGGAGCUCUUCACGGGUCAGAAGUGAUCCGUGUGCGCAAGCUUGCCUCAUCUACGGUUGGGUGCAGUGGACAUCCACGACGCAGCAUUACUCAAAUAAAAAAUGCCCCCAAUGUGCGGGGUUACUCGAGUUGUUUGAACUUGUUUUUGCUUCAGCACAACGUAUCUAUCGAUGUUCAUCUUGUAUUGUAUUCCCUAUAUACUAGUACGUGUGUGUGUGUGUGUUUGUUUAUUAAUUGUGAUCCUACUUGUAAAGAAUUAUGGUACACUGGUCCAAGAGGAAACGCUGUGUAAUAAAUUUGCUGUCGA